CCCAAGGAUGAAAACGGAAAAGGAAGCUGCAGACAGCCCCACUGCUGAAUCUGAGGGGAGCCUCCAGCUUGUGGUGACCGGCAUUGUGGGAGAGGAUUUGCCUGUACCGAUGCCGUCUCAGGUUAAAAUGGAACCGGAAGAAGGACAGGUGAAUUCUUGGGAGGACCGGUGGCAGAAUUUCCUCAAGGAAGCCGAGUCCUCUUGCUCCAUGUGGGGGAACAUGGACUCCUCGGAAAGCCACCAGGGUCUCCGUGGAAGAAGGAUCAUCACCGUCCCGCCCGCCUUCAAGCAGGACGAACACCCCAAUUCCGAGGAAGCCCAUCGCCAGCAUUUCAGGAGGUUCUGCUACCAACCGUCCGAAGGACCCCGAAUGGCUUGCAGGUGGCUGAAGAAAUUCUGCUGGGGGUGGCUGCAGCCAGAGAAACGCACCAAAGACCAGAUCCUGGAGCUGGUGAUCCUGGAGCAGUUCCUGGAGAUCCUGCCUCUGGAGAUCCAGAGAAGAAUUCGGGGAUACGGAGCGGAGACCUGUUCGCUGGCAGUAGCUCUGGCGGAGGAGUUCUUGCUAAAGCAGCAAGAGACGGAGCAGCCGGAAGAACAGAUCCCAAGUCCAGCUGAUGAACAGGCUGGAGAAUUCUGUGAUUCUGGAGAGCCUUCGGUGGGGACCCCAGAGAGACCUCCCUAUAAAGAGAUGAAACUGGAGGGAAACGAAGACGCUUCCUUAUUAGGUCAGGAUUUUCUGUUCCUUCAGCUCUGGAUUCUGGGUUAA